UUUAAGAGGGAGGAAAUUUCAUCUGUGCUGUCAAUUUGACAAUAAAAUUGUACUUGAUACUUAAUUGAUUAUAUUUAGUGCAGAAAUGCCCCAUCUAAGAAAACGGCCACAGAUUUUGCGCACACAAAAACACCACUACCCCCUUUCUCUUUUUUUUUUUGCCUUAAAGUCCCCCUACUCUUCCCCUGAUAUUAACGCAAGUUAUUUCUGCGGUGGUAUUAUGUUACACCCCUUCCCACCCAAUCACAGCGCUCCCCAAAAUCCUCCAUUUCGCUCCCCCUGCAACUAUAAGAGAGUGGGAGACACAUCUCCGCCUUUGCACGGUGCAGCACAUUUGCUUCCAAAAAUCCGCUCAGGGUCUCUACAUUUUUUUUUAUGACACAUGUGGGGGUCGCGGACCGGAAUAGAGAGGGACAAGUGCUUCUAGAGCAUCUCGGAAGACUUUGGAGAAUGCGGGAAGACGACUCGUCCCCGAUGGACAGCGCGGGGAACAGUGAGGAGGAGACCGAGCGGCAGCUGCCGAGGAGGGGCGCGAGGAAGCGGCGGGCGGCGGCGGCGGCGGCGCGCCGGAGCGCAGACGAUUUAGACGACGCCGCCUUGGACGUGGAGAUUCCCAAGAAGAGAUGCCGAAAAAGUUGUGACCGCGGUGGCGGCAGCGUGGCGAGCGAAAGCGGCGAGGCAAGCAGCAGCAGCAGCCCCGCUCGCUCCAUCGACGAUCUCCAGAACCAGCGCGUCAUGGCCAACAUCCGGGAACGCCAACGCACGCAGUCGCUCAACGAGGCGUUCACGUCGCUCCGGAAAAUCAUCCCCACGCUGCCGUCGGACAAACUCAGCAAAAUCCAGACGCUCAAGCUGGCCGCGCGCUACAUCGACUUCCUGUGUCAAGUUCUGCAGAGCGACGAGUUGGACGCGCGGGGCUCCAGCUGCAGCUACGUGGCGCACGAGCGUCUCAGCUACGCGUUCUCCGUGUGGAGGAUGGGGGACGCCUGCCCCGUGUCGACCACAAGCCAUUAGUGGGCCCGCGUCGGAUGGGACAACACGGUCGUCCACGCUGAAGAACUCGUGGCUCAGCCCAACUCUCCCCGACAAGACCGAACCCUGGAAAACGUGCAGCUGAAGCCCAGCUGCUCAGCUUCAUUCCUCCUCCGAGAGCGGGAUGUGCGAAAUUUCCCGUUGCAGGGACGGCUGUGUUUGCAAGGGAGCACUUACAGGACAAGACGGAUAUGAAAGAGAGACCACUGCGACUAUAUGAAUGUUGUAAAAACAAAAUGAGCUGAGGAACUUGCUCUGUUUUUGAAACCAGAGAGAAACAACACCAUUCCUUUUUACAUUCCUCGUGACAAUGUCUCACAGCCAAUGGAGUAUUUGUAUUUAUUUUUCUACCGCUGAGAAAUCCGUUUGCCCCCCCUCCUCCCCCAAUGAAAUAAGAGAUGUAUUUAUUUUGGGGUUAUCUCAGAAUGCCGAAUCGAUCUGUCGUCUGCACAUUCUGAACAUUGUAAAUAUUUGGUAAUAAAGAAAUGAAAGUAA